UUAACGUCGGUGGCCACCGUUAAUACGGAAAAAAUCCUCGACAUGUAUAGUCCCAUCGGUUUUUGGGUACGCUCGUCCCAGCAGACCGGGAUGAUCGAGGUCGGAAAAAACGGCGAAAGCUUGCCGUUCCUUUUUUGGAUAGACCCGGAGCCGAUACCGGUCAAGUAUUAUAGCUUCAGUUCGUGGGGCACAGUGGUUUGCAAAUGGAUGUUCAAGUGUAAGCCCGACCCGUUGGCGCGAGUGACGCCAAAGAUUGCGGUGCCGGACAGAAUUGAUUAUACGAAGAAAUUCAUGACAUCCAUGGAACAACUCAGGAGGGACGUACUGAAAAAGCGCAGCAUGUUCGGAGGCGAUCCGACGACGAACGCUCAACGUGUGUUAAACGUGGUGCUAACUAGUAACUUCAAGUUCAUACAUUUGGACGUCAUGACUUCGACGCUCACACUUCGGGGUAUUGCAACUUUUGAAUGGACUGACAACAGUAUCCAUUGGAACCCUCAGGACUAUAAAAAUAUUUCCAAAUUGCAUUUAUCGAACUACGAAUUAUGGCAACCUGAACUAGUACUUCACAACGCUAUGGAUCCUGCUACAAGUAUGUUUUCCGAAUCAAAAGUAUCCGUGGACAACAAUGGCAAAGUCACAUGGAGACCUAAAUUUGACGUUAGAACCAAAUGUGACAUUGACUUGACGUCCUGGCCGUGGGAUAAACACAAGUGUACCAUACUGUUGAGCACGUGGUCGCAUAAAAUAUCCAAUGUCUUCUAYGAAAUCAAAGAGAAUCAAAAUUCCGAAUGUUUUCAAGUGUCUCAUACCGAUUGGAUACUCGAAAAGAUGACGAGCUCGUACGUAGAAGACAGCACUCCAUGGGACGAUAUCGUGGCAUCCAUCAACAACGUCGACAAUUCGGCAAAAGACGGCCCCCCGCAAUAUUCACUGCAGCUAGUGGUGGAAAUAUCUAGAAACACGAAAAUUCUCGAGAAACUGUUUUACGUCCCAUUAAUACUGAUCAGUUGUGUAUGGCUGUCAUCUUUUAGUUUAAUGCCGAAUUCCUCAUCAAAAAUCAUGACAAUUUGUGUAUCAAUCAUACUUUCAAUAAUGGUCGUUGUAUACAUGACGAAGUAUGUACCGGUUUUCGCUGAAUUUCCACCAGACUUGAUGCUUGGAUAUUUGAAACUUAUCCUUUUGAUAUCGAUGGACGCGUUCAUCUCAUCGCUGCUCAUAACGGUACACAAUCGCAAGACGGACAGCGGUCAUCCUCCGUUCGCGUUGACUAGAUUCCUGACCACGCCCAUCGUGACAAAACUUCUGGCGUUGCCAAAAUUGGAUUCACCCCGGACCUUUGUCUACGACCAGUUGGACCAAAGACUCGACGCAGAACAAGAGACCACGACGACCCUAUGGGAUAUCGUCAUAGCUGCUUUUGAACGAAUCGUGUUCAUAAUAUUUUUCGCGAUUACCGUGGUCGUAUUGCGGUCGGUCAAGAUUUCCGUUGCUGCUCUGUUUUGAUCGAUCUUAAAAGUAUUAAUUCUACAAUAUAAUGGUGGACUGUAUACUAGUAUAUACUUGGUAAUAAAAUAUAAUAACAAUUAAUAGGCGUA